AUGGCCGGGCACACGACCCAACUUCCCGCUUCCACCUCGCCAUCCCUGGUGCUAGGCCACCCAACACCCGCCGAGUCCCAGCACAUCUGGGGCCAAACCUCAGCACUAUGGAAAGACGCUCUCACCGUCCCACAGUAUAUGGAAGAAUACGCGUACAUGCUGACGGUCCCACUCGCGCGGGAGGGCGGAAUUACACAGUGGAUCCUGGUGGAUAGCGAGGUUGAUGACGAUCCAAAUGAAAGCGCGGGAAGGAGAACAGUGCUCGCAUCAUGCGAGACUUUUCGCAAACGCGCUCUCAUCAGCAACGCAGACACCCCGGAAGAAUGUGUCGUGCACGGCAUCGCAAGCGUCUUCUGUGCCCCUGAGCUUCGAGGCCAAGGCUAUGCCUCAAGACUAUUGAAGGAACUAGGCCGCAUCCUGCCAAGCUGGCAAACAACCUCAAAAUCGAGAUGUGUUGGCAGCGUGCUGUAUUCCGACAUCAAUCCCGAGUUCUAUGCGCGGCUAGGCUGGAUGCCCUUUCCGAGUCUUCAGCUGGAAUUUCAGCCGCAAGACGUCAUUUGCGAGGCUAGGCCGCUUCAUGCGGAGGAUUUAGAGGCGCUCUGCCGGAGAGACGAAGACGUUCUCCGGGCAUCGCUGAGGAAUCCUUCAGCACCUAGUGGGGAAACGACCCGGCUUGCCAUCAUUCCUGACUACGACCAUGUCCUCUGGCACCAUAGCAAGGAAGAAUUCGGGGCCAAAAAGCUUUUCGGCGGGAGCAAGAAGCCAGGAGUCAAAGGAGCGAUAGCUGGGCCAGCAGGGAAUAGGGUAUGGGUGAUUUGGACGCACCGUUUCUACCGGCAUCCGGACAGUGACGAAUUAUCCGCAAAUACGCUGUACAUACUCCGCCUCGUUACCGAAUCCUCUUCUCCUGAACCGAAAGACGUCAAGGCUGUGCUUCAUGCCGCUCAGUCCGAAGCCUUCCAGUGGGGCUUAGGGAAGGUCAAGUUAUGGAGCCCGACGAGAGGGUUGGAGGAGAUGAUUCAGGCGGUAGGCGUGAAGUUCGAGAAGAGGGAAAGGGAGAAGGAUAGCAUACCUUGCCUGAACUGGUUUGGUGAAGGCGCGACAGACGAGGUCGACUGGGUGCUCAACGAGAAGUAUGCUUGGUGCUGA